UGUCAGUUGUCUCUCUUUUUACAUUGUUUUGAUAGCGUGUGUGUAACUGAAGCGUUCCGUUAAUCUACACAACUGUACAUCGAUAAUAAAUCUGUCGCAGCCGGUCAGUCACGAUGAUGACAGUGACUGUGAUCAUCUGAAACUAAUGAAUGAACUGAAAACAUCUGACCUGUUAUAGCAGAAACUGACCGAUUUACUGUAGCCACCGUCAGUGUGUGGAUGCUGGACGUACUUGAACAUCGAUUAAAGGUACAUUGUUUAAUGUGACGAUAUUUAGGUUACAGUGCUCGCUCGCGAAACAACGCUUUGAAUGCAUGUGCUGCUAGAGGACAAGUCAAAUCAAAUACAGUAAAACUACACUCUUCAUCGACAUGGAUUACAUAAACACUGCCAGAUCAGUAGAAGAUCGUCUUCUGAGCUAUAGAAAAGACGAGUCUGGGUGGAAAACAUGCAAGAAAACUAACGAUGUGGUGGUGUAUUGGAGACCCUCUUGUGAAUUCGCGGGAAAUGUGUACAAGGGUGAAGGCAUCGUCAAUGGCAGUCCAGAGAAAGUGUGGGACUGCCUGAAGCCUGAAAUCAACGGGCUUCGUGUGAAAUGGGAUGCUAAUAUAAAGAAGUUUGAGCUUGUGGAGCAGGUGUCUGCGGACGUUUUGAUCUGCCGAACUGUCACCCCCUCGGCUGCUAUGGGUAUUAUAUCGCCUCGGGAUUUUGUCGAUGUCAUUUCCAUUAAGCGCUAUGAAGAUGGCACAGUGUCAUCAAAUGCUACCAAUGUAAGCCAUCCAGACUGUCCUCCUCAGAACGGCUUCGUCAGAGGCUUCAACCAUCCAUGUGGCUGCAUUUGUGUUCCAGUUCCUGGGGAACCAGGCAAAACGCAGCUGUUCAGCUUUUUCCAGACGGACCUCGGAGGAUUACUUCCUCGUUCGGUUGUAGAUUCAUUUUUCCCCACUAGUAUGGUGGAGUUUUACAACAACCUGACCAAAGCUGUCAAAUCCCUCAAAUAGCCACUUUAUAGAGGACAGCCCGUCCCUUUAAUCUUAAUUCUGAAACUUUUGAUAAUUUGAUGCAUUUAAUCAAGAUUUUAGUAAAAAGUGAGGUUACGUUAUUCCUGAUUCUUCCAAUAGUCACACGUGCACAAACACUUGAAUAUAGGCCGUUUUAGUACAGGAACAUUUUGUUUUUCGUAUUAUUUCAGAAAUUCUGAAAACUGGUGAUUCAAAUGAUAAACUAUUGCACAGAAAAAAACGUACAGUUAUGCAUUUGGCAGAUGCUUUUAUCCAAAGUGCUUUCAAAACAUUUCAUCGAUCUGUUUGUGUGGAAAAUUAAGACAUUUUGUUGAUACCGGUAGCAUCAAGUUUUGCCAAUUGAUCAGUGUUUUUUAAACUUGGAGUGAUCCCCCAUGUAUAAUAAUCAUGAUGGUUCAUUUGAAAAUCAUAUCCUUCAUACUAUAUGUGGCUUUGUUAACUUUUUAGACUUAGCAGCUCUGUUGUAAAACCUACUGAGCUACCUUGCUGUCUACUUAAGGUGCUUUUCCACUGCAUGCUAUGGCGCAGUUCAGUUUGCUACACCUGACUUUUGGGUUCCGUGCCUAUUUACCUGGUCCUUUUUUUGGUUUCUGCAUUUCUGAUACAGUCAGAACAUAGUGAAAUGUCCCACCUCCAACCUUAAUGCUUACUAUUCUUCAAGACAUGCAAUGUGAAUAUUUCAUAACGUUUCCUAUUGUAACCCCCGGUCCUACUGCACCCGACCUGCUCUGAGCUUGGAUUGAAGUGGCGAUUCUUUGUAUGGGAGCUGGUUUCUCUAUCAAGGAGGCUAAAGACCAUGGCCUCUAGCAUCUGUCACUAGAGCACCUUUGGAGGUCAGAGGAGGGAGGUUUACCUGCAUAGCACUUCACUAGCUGGCCUCCGCUACACUCACCCCCCUAAACCUCACUCCUAUCCCGGACGAGCCGCCACGUGGAACCCACUGGUCCUACUGCACCCAACGCUCUCUGAGCUGGGAUCGGCCAUUGUUUGUAUAGGAGUCGGUUUCUCUAACAAGGAGGCUAAAGACCGUGGCUUCUAGCAUCUAUCACUAGAGCACCUUUUGGUGUCAGAGGAGUGAGGUUUACCUGCAUAGCACUUUGUUAGCUGGCCCUUAUUACAUUAACUGCCCUAAACCUCCCUCCUAUCCCGGACGAGCCCCCACAUGUAACCCACCGGUUCUAAUGCACCCAACCCGCUUUUUUCUGGGAUCAAACUGGCAAUUUUUUGUAUGGGAAUUGGUUGCUCUUACAAGGACAUGCCGUUUGAAUAUUUCAUAACGUUUCAUAUUGUAACCCACCGGUCCUACUGCACCCAACCCACUCUGAGCUGGCAUUGAACUGGCGAUUAUUUGUAUGGGAGUCGGUUUCUCUAACAAGAAGGUUAAAGACCAUGGCCUCUAGCAUCUGUUGCUAGAGCACCUUUUGAGGUCAGAGGAGUGAGGUUUACCUGCAUAGCACUUCACUAGCUGGCCUCCGCUACACUCACUCCCGCCUAAACCUCACUCCCAUCCUGGACGAGCCCCUACAUGGAACCCACCAGUCCUACUGCACCCAUCCUGCUAUGAGCUGGUAUCAAACCAGCCAUUCAUUGUAUGGAAUCAGAAUCCAGGAAUAUGAUUGGAUGGGAAGGCUAUAGAGGCGGAGCGUAAUUGACAAUAAAUUAAGUAUAUUUCAUAAUUGCAUGAUUAAUUGUAAUGAUGUAUUGCUGUAUUGAUGGUUUGCACCAUUUUUAUAUCUCCAACAACUGAAACUGCAGCAAAAUGGUCAAUAUAAGAGGUCUAGAUGUUCUGCUCAUCGGUAGUUGAGAAGCAGACAUUGGGAUGAAAACUAUGAUGUCACAGCAGUAGAGGCGGAGCAUCUAUGGUGAUAAUCCCACCCAUUUUAAGUGGUACUAAACUGUAGUGGAAAUGCAAACCGAGCUGAGCAAAACUGAACUGAGUUGUACUGCACAGUAGAAAAGUAGCUUAAGUUGCUAAUUAGCAGUCCCCUACGUAGGCAGCAGGGUUGUAUGUCACACAUAUAGGCGUUAAACAAAAGGGAAUCUUGACUCUCAGUUGGUUUCAGUGGCGUUUAGCAUUAGCAUUAUGUGACAUUCAGGUGUUUGAAACUGCUGUUGUGUCAGAAAUGUGGCCUACAUAGGCAGCUCACUAGUUUUUUGAACAGAGCCUUGUUUUAAUAAGCUGCUUUUAGUAUUUCUGUCACACAUUGGAGGAUUUUUCUUCAUCUCUAAAUGUUGGAUGCGCUGUACUUUAACAUUUCUCUAUUUUAAUUUUAUAGACUUUGGUAAAUCAGCGUUUACUUGACAUGUCGAGUGUCUUCAGAAAUAGUUGAAGAACUGCAUUUGCUGCUGUUCUCGGUUAACAUAACUGAGUUUAUGUACUGUAUGUUUGAAACUGACUAUAAAAGGGCCAGAACAGUCGUGAUUGGAGAUGUUAUGAUACGAUGAUAAAGGUUUAGCUGGUUAGCCUGACCCCAUUAGCCCUACUGGUGAUUCAAAAGCAUUUUUCCUCCAUUGACGGCCAUUCAAAAGUAUUCAUGCCAGCCAGCCAGCCAAACAACUGCCUUCCAUAUAAGAUGAAUGAGAUUUAUAGGAAGCAUUAUGCAGUUUUACAUGAGAAACUGAAAUCAGCAAUGGGAAAUGAAUGAAUGCUAAUUAGUAGUCCAUUUUGUAAUUGGUUUUGAGGUAUAAAACAUGAUCUGGAGGUCUAAUUGGAAUAUUUCAAUGGGAAUUUCUGGAAUUUUAAUUGUUUUUAAAGAGAUUUGUGCGUCAGUAGUAUUUAAUUGUUGAUUUAAAUGGAUGCAUUUCCUAAAUUCUUUCAAAAUAUCUAGUUAUGUGCUUAACAGAAGAGAAAACCACUUGAGAUUGAGUAAAUGCUGAGGAAACUUUUAUUUUUUGGUGAACUAUUUCUUUAAAGUCUGCACGAAAUCAAAAUUUACACUGUUUGUUUUGCUAGCUCACAUUGUUAUUCUUAUGGUAAAUAAUUGAUCGGUGCAUGUUAAUCCAUUGAAAAGUUUUUUUGUAAUCUUUAAUGAAAGUUUGACCAUUUGGUUCCGCAUUUGAAGACAGUCCUUCUGUUGACGUCUAGCUGAUGCUUUCCAUAGCAACUGUGUAUUAAGAACCGCUCUUACCAUUAACAAAGACUCUAGAAUACAUAAGACGUGUCAUAUAGUUUUGAAUGGGGGAAAAGUGUAAUGGUCAAUAUGGCGAAUGAAGCCCCGCCUUCUAGUACAGGAGCCAAUCAUUGUUCGCUGUAGACUGAGGAUUCUCCGAGGGAGGGGCUCGAACCAGAUGUGAGUUCCUGCAGAUUUUGUGUGAUUCAAAUGUUUAGAAACGAAACUUAAGAGACGGUUGUUGUUUAAUUUUAUUGCUGGUUCCAAAUAUGAAAUUUAAUCGUAAGCUUGGCAAGCAAUUUUGGAGAAUUUGAUGUUUCCCCCAUUUGAACAGAAUGCCUGAGAGAAGUUUCAAAGAUGGCCGCCAUGUGAAAUAACUUACCCAAAGUCCCUUUAAGGCAAGUUAUUUCACUCGGCAGCCAUAUUUGAAAUGCAUCUCGGGCAGUAUGCUCGGACAUUCUGUCUAAAGGGGGAAACAUCGAAUUCUCCAAAACUGUUAGGCAAGCAUACGAUUACGAAACAUAUUUGGAAUCACCAAUAAACUUCAACAUCAUUCGUCUAAUAAGUUUCGUUUCUAAACAUUUGAAUCGAACAAAAUCAGCAUUUUUUUCAUGUUAACCAAGCUAAUGCGCAUGCGCACUCGAAAGGAACAAGAUCACGACACCAACCUCAUUUAUGGCGGAGUUACACAUUAUCAUCCUCUGGAUAAUGAUCGUCUGAUCGCGCUGCUCUUCUAAAGUAAUCCACAACUUGGUCUUGAUUGCGAAUAUCCUCCAAAAAUGACGGCGACUCUUUAUUUACAAGUUUGUAGGCGUUUGAGUAGUUGCUGUCAUGUGAUGUGUGUUCGACAGGAUGGACUGUACCUUACGUUAAUUUAAUAACAUUUAUUUUCAAGUGCACUUGGUUCAUUUAAAAGAGAUUUCAAGCUUUAUGUGGAUAUAUUUCUUAUGUCUGUGACCAGGAGCGUAGCAACCAGGGGGGAUUCUUCCCCCUCACUUUAAGAGACAGACCAUUUAGAAACAGGUGAUUAAUAAUUAUAUGAACGUAUGAUCUGAUACAGUCGUCCCCCCACUUUUAAAAUGUCCGCUACGCCACUGUCUGUGACGCAAGUAGUCGCAGAGAUUAAAGUGUGUCUGUUGACCACAAAAACUGUCAUAAAAGCACACGUCUGGUCGGAGCUUCUCCCCGGAGAAACGUCAGGGUUAUAGCCAUCGAUGAUUGGCUCCUGUGAUAGUAGGCGGUACUUCAUUCGUCAUUCUGACUGUUACACUUUUCCCCAUUCAAAACUAUUUGAGUGACACGUCUUGUGUAUUCUAUAAUCUUUGACUUACCUAAAAGGGACUUUGCCAUUAGCUUGCUAUAAGGGAAUGCCCCGCCCCUACUCAAUUUUUUUUUCAUUUGGAAGUACAUCAACAUACUGAAAUAGAAGUCUCUGCAACUUCCAGCUGACAAGGAUUUUAAAAUUUGAUUUAAGCUAUUAACACAUUUGGUAAUUAAAACAAAAAUACAUGGUAAUAACACAUGAAAAUUCUAACAUAAGCCCGUUUGCUGAAUAUCUUUGAAUUGUAAUUAUCAUUUGAAUACGUCCUGUUCAAUUCAAAUUCAUGCUUAUAAUUUAUUCCAAAAUACUGGAAAUACGACAUUUCCCCCCUAUAGUUGAAUAAGAGCUAAUUCUCAUUUUGGCCUUGUAUGUUUCAACACAGGCUCAUUCUGAAAACGUACCACUAUAUACAUUUCUGGAGAGCACCAAAUACGUCCCAGGAGCUACGUUCUUUUGCAGUUUUUGUUUUCACGAAUCCGCCAGAAGCCACUUUGUACGCUUUUUGAGAUCUCAAAUUUCUCUCGUGAGUGCCAUUCAUGCCUGCUGUUCUCACGUAAAUCCACCUAAGGCCGCUGUUGACAGACUGACUGACCGUUUUGAAAAGCAAUCCAGAAAAAAAGUCCUCGCAGCCACUUGAUUUUUACCACAUUUUCAAAUUGUACCACAUUCUCACCCUGUUAUUAUUUUAUUUUUUGGCUUUUGCUUUUGUUUUACCUGCUUUCUGGAAACAUUUUCACCGGACUCGAAGCCCAUCAUCACUGUCUCGCGCCGCUCCACGUCACAAGUCCACCGGCGUACUUGCAUAACUCACGUGUAACAGUGGAAAAGUUGACCAUAUGGAGGUAAGCGGUCAGCUAGUAAGCACAAAAAGAAAUGGCGUCACACAGCCCCGUAGCGUUCGCUUCAAAGUCGUAUGCCAUACGUACCACUUGCUACAUAAUUCGUGAUCUCCAUGAAAGUAUUUAGGGCUACGUUUUCACAGUGAGCCCAUGUUGGUAUGUUUUCUUGUAAACGGUGGUAAUUGCACAUAGACAAAGGGACUGUUUAAUACUGUGUUUCUGACUGACCUCAGAGAGAACAGAGCGUGUCGUGUGUCUUGUUUGUUUACUGUGAUCUCUUUAAUUACCAUUUGCCUGUUUUUGUCUCGCUGCACGAUUGUGUCCAAUCCAGACAUGCGUCUUAACCAAUCAGUACUGUGUGAUUUUUAUGCCUGUAUGCCGUCGGUGAAUUUACAGUGAACGCAUGCUCAUGGCCUGGAGAUGUGUUCUGUGCUUAUAUUUUUAGGGGGAUUUUUAUCAAAUGUAAAUGAGCCAUGUGCACUUGUGCAUUUUGAAAGUUGAUGCAAGGAGUGUGUGCUUGCCUUCAAUAGUAUUGUGCAAAGUCUUUUCUUUAUAUUUGAAUAAACAGACUAAUAUUCCGUUAGUAGUACACACAUUGUCAGGGUUGCACCGCUGUCAAGUGAUUCCAUUAUUUUUUAUUUUUUUGUUAAAGUCAGCAUGAAAUGAUGUUUAAAACCUAUUUUAAAUGAGCACUUGUGUUUCUGAAAGUAAAAAAAGACAUUGAUUGUCCUCAAUGAUAACUGGUUAAGCUUUAAAGACAGACCUAAUAUAAGAAAUUCAUUUUUAAAAAGAAAAACUACAUUACCCAUAAUGCUCUGCAGAAUUCCACCAAUCAGAGAGCAGUGUGCCCACUCCCAUGCUGCACUGUGAAUGAUGUAAGGCUCAAUAAAUAAUAAAUAUGCUCUGAAAAUACUUGAAAGUAAAUAUUUGUGUCGAGUAUGUAUUAUUUAAGUUGAUUGUGACAUUCGCAGUGCUUCAUGGGAUUGUAGUUUUUCUCUAGUAGUUUAGUACAGUGGUCUUUUUUUCCCCCAUAAAACUGCUUUAAAUUAAUUGUCAUUUUGUAUUAUCUUCAUUGAUGGUUGGUUUAAUUUAUAGCAGUUCAACUGAGAUGCUUGCUUGUCUAUAUUUUAUGAAUGAAUAGGAAUUCGCACUGCUCAGACUCCCUAGUUUUUCGUGAUGUUUUUUUUUUUUUUUUGCAAUAAAAAUGACUUAAUUUGAGGUGGUAAUUCCCAGAAAUUUGCAGAAAAUUCUUAUUUACCAUAUUAGGUAGCCGACUAUGUUAGAUGUGCAAUCUUCAACCUUCUAUUUGGUCUAUUGUCAAGAUAAGAUCUAAAAUGGAAGGGAUUAAGCCAAAGGAAGGUUGUUAAGGCAAAUUUUUACCACGAUCUUACUUUCGCUUUCUUGGAUUUCACUCACCGGAGCAUCAUGUGCCUCACUCAGGACAUGCGUUAGGGCUUCCCCUACCGUAAUACACCUAAAACACAGACUGCGUAAAACUAGUCAAUGGCAGGGGGAAGUGUUUUCUCCUGUUAACUGCAGAGAAAGAGUUAAACGAAAUCAUUUAUUUAUUUGAUGCACAUCAUAAUACAGCUGGUAUUAUAAUGUGCGUCAAAUCAAUAAAUAAGUUUGGUUGCUCAAUUCUGAUUCGGCAGAGCGAAAGGGUGCUCACUCAGUUGGCUUGUAAAACUGUCACACACAGACGGCAGUCACGCAUUUGCUCUGGUUGGGGGAGAUUAAAUAAUAUAUAUUUCAUAUCGCAGUCUCUUGUGAUCGCACAGCCAUAGAAUGCAGGGAUAUGAUUGGUUGGAAAGGGUAGGGGUGGAGCAAAGUUGACAGUAGAUUUAGGCCCAAUUUCAAUUCUACCGCUUAGCCCAGGGGUCACCAAUCUCGGUCCUGGAGGGCCGGUGUCCCUGCAGGGUUUAGCUCCAACUUGCCUCAACACACCUGGCUGGGUGUUUCAAGUAUACCUAGUAAAACCUUGAUUAGCUCAUUUAGGUGUGUUUGAUUAGGGUUGGAGCUAAAAUCUGCAGGAGAUUGGCCCUCCAGGAACAAGUUUGGUGACCCUUGCCUUAGCCCUUCCCCUUAAGGGGUAGGGGUGAAUACCCCUUUGAAUGAAGAUUUUUCAGGACCACACUCAAAACCAAGGGUAAAGAAAUUUCCCAGAAUACACAAGCCACAACGGCAGCAUAGCUGCGCCUGGAAGUAAGGAGAUCCACAAAUAAGUAUUUUUUGUCAUUAUUACGAAUUUUUACAACAAACAAUCACAUGUUUUAUAUUAAUAACCCCGUUUAUAUUUUACCGUCAUGCUUUAAAAAAAAAAACUAAAAUAAAAACCACUAAAUUUGGCUAUCUAUAUUUCCUAAUAAUUACUCCUGUACAGCAGUCCCACAACAUUCAGUCACUCGAUGACACUCGAAUACCCUGUCAGUAAUGUCUAGUGGCUAGAAAUAAGCUUUUUACAGUGUCUGCUAUAAUUUAAAUGCUGUUUUUGGUGUGUUUACAUAGAUGAAUAUUGCCACUGUGUAAAUGUGCAGUAUAGCUACAAUCUUAUUACCACAUUUUAUCAUUAUGAUAACAUGAUAUUGCUGCCUUCAGUGAUUUCCUGAAGAUAAAUACCAAAAAAAUAGCACAACUGGAAUAACUACUGCAGUCGCGAUCGUCAGUCUCAUAUGCAGUAAGAGAUCGCGAUGACAUAUGAUGACGUGUACAGGUGCUAUAGGGCUGUCCCAUUUCUUAGGGGUAAAUUUUGAAGCCCUUCCCCUUCACACUCUGUUUCAAGGGCCAAGGGAAAGGGGUAGGGGUACAAAAAUAGAAUUGGGAUUGGGCUAUAUUUCAUAUUAACUUUAAGGUCUGAAAAAGAGCAUUCAGAUCAGGUCAGUUGUCAUUUCAUGGUGACUUUAAACAUGUUUAGUCUUCAUUUUUGACGUUUAUCAUGCUGUUUGUCCACUCAGAACUGACUAUGGGACAUCUGUGUACUGUUUGUUAAAACCAGGGGCGUUGCUAGACAUAAAGCUCUACUGGGGCACCCACACCCCCCUCCUAAAAAAAAAAAAUUAAAUAAAUAAAUAAAUAAAUCUCAAUGCAUUUACUGGGGCACUUGCCCCAGUAAAUCGGGUCUAGCGACGCACCUGGUUAAAACCUAAAAGAAGCAGUCAUUGUAUGAUUCACCUUUCAGAUUCAGUUUUCAGAUAUUAAAAAUGACUGAUGACCACGUUUAUCUUUGUAUCGUACUUUAUUUGGAUGUUAUAAACCCAAAUUACAUCUAAAACAUCUUCUGUUUUCACACAUUUUCAAUAUAUUAAGGCUUUUCGUUUAACAGGAGAUGAAAAUAUCUAUCAAGACCUGAAGUGUUCAUCACACGAGUUACUGAAGCUGAUAGAGGUGGAUUUUGUUGAAAGAUAUUUCAGUAAAAUAUAAAAAGGAAUUUUUGAUCUGCCUUUGAUGAAAAACUAGAGUGCUGAACUGUUAGAUGAAGCGUUUGACCAAGCAAAAUAAAUGACUUUAUGGAAAAGUUCUACUUAAA